AUGAAUCCCAAUCAACAUAAUACUUGGUCCAAUUUUAUGCAAAAUGAUGGAAAUCCUCCUAGUAUCCCAAAUCAACAAAACAAUCCAUAUUUUGGAAAUCUACCUCUUAUUCCAAAUCCACACCAUAAUCCAAAUUUUCAAAACUCUCUUUUUAUCCCAAAUCCACAAAAUAAUCCAUCCAUUAGAAAUUACUCCUAUGAUACACCACCUUAUCCAUAUCAAUAUCAACAAUUUUCAUCUCAAUCAACUAACCCCAAUAUGCCUCAUGUUGUUAAAAUAGGUAGUAGUGGUGUGCAAUCAAAUGAUCAAGAACAUGAAACACCACAACUUUGCACUCAAGAUAGCUUGGAAAAUACUACACUUGGUGAAGAUGUUGCAUCUGCACCGGUUGUGAAUGCGCCUAAACAAAGAUUCCAACCGAAAGAAGAUGAAAUUCUCAUUCAUUCAUGUCUCAACGUUUCAAAGGAUUCAAUUGUUGGAGUUGAUCAAAAAGGAGAUAGUUUCUGGAAGAGAAUUGGUGAAGCAUUUAACAAGCAUCGUGACAUGAAUUACAAAGAGAGGAAACCGAUGGCACUAAAAGGUAGAUGGCACAAAAUUAAUCCAUCUGUUCAAAAGUUUGUUGGAUGCUACAAACAAGCAUUUUCUACACAAAAAAGUGGGAGCUCCGAAAACAAUAACAUGCAGGCUGCGUAUAGAAUUUAUUUUCAAGAUGAAGGUGAAAAGUUUACAUUUGAGUCUGCUUGGAGAUUAUUGAAAGAUGAACCUAAAUGGCUCGUAGGUUCAUCAGAAGCUUCUGCAAAAAGAACAAAGAAUUCAGCAUCUGGAGCAUAUUCUUCUUCUAACCCACCGACACCAACGAGCAGCGAAUACAAUCCAUCAUCACCUACUCUGUUACGUCGUCCAAUCGGUCAAAAGGCAGCCAAAAGGAAGGAGAAAGAAAAGAUGGUGGAAAUGUCUACUCCAAAUGUUAAAUAUGAUGAAUUCAAAGAUGAAUUCAAAAAGAAAACUAAUUUGAUGUCAGUGUUUGCACAAGACUAUGCACGUAUUGAGAGUGAAAAACUCGAGAUUGAAAGAAAAAAGGUUGAAGCAAAGAUUAAGAAGGCCGAGAUGAAAGAGGAAAGAUUGAAGAUUGAUGAUCUACAAAUUGUCUCAAAGGAUACAUCAAAUAUGAAUUCAAGACAACUACAAGCUCAUGAUUUAUUGUGCGAUGUGAUUCGGAAAAAUAUGGCCUUAAUUAAUUGUAUUAUGUAUUUUGAAUAUUUUUAG